AUGGAUAACGGUGAAAGAAAACCAUCUGCACUACGCCACGUGAUUAUUCGGAUGGGCACAGCAGGGCGUUGUUAUCUAUUCGGCAAGUUUAUAGUUGCCCCUAAUGUCCCCAUAGAGCCAUAUGGUACUGAGAUGGAUUUCCUGAAACACCAGAUUGAUGCUCGAGCGUUCGUCCAAAACGGGUCAGAGGGAUCUAAGAGAAUAAACGGGGUAGCGCACCCUAGAUCAUGUGAUUUAAAUUUAGUGAAAUAGAAUUACUCUAUAGAACAGUUCCCUCGUUCAAGUAACUUUUCUGUAUACGCUAAUUUUCAAUUCUGUUGUAUAUAGUUCUGUAUAGCUAUUGUAAUUAUUUUUUGCUGUACAUUUUUGUUUAUAUAUUUGUAUAAAGUGUAUAUUUAAUAUAU